AUGAAAGUGCGUGGAUUGAGUCAGAGAUUUGACCCUUUGUCUUCAGUGCCUGGAUUAGAAGGAAAGUCAUUGGAUGAAUUUCAAGCACCGGUGCGGUAUUUAUCGUACUUGGCGUUAAACACGCCGAUGGUGGAAGAAACGACAAUUGACAAUAUUGUGAAAGUACGCGUCGCACCCUUGGGCUGCCUUCGUUCAUUCCUUUCCGUCCCCAUGCAAGGACGCUCGGGGAAAACGUUGGAUCGGAUGCUUCGCUCUUUGGUGUUUCAACUUUUGUACGACGAUCCAACUGGAGGAACUAUGAAGGCAGGGCAGUUAGCUGGUAUGUUGGGGAAGACGACUAAAAAGGAACUUGCAGUAAAGAUAAUAGUGUAUAGUCUACUCGCGUUGUGGAAACAAGAUUGCAUGUACCUGGCUGGUGCAAGGUUACUGGAUGAUCAACUUCUUGAGCUGUUGUUGCUGUCGUCUUUGAUUUCGGUGGCGAUAGAUAUGUCCAAGCAUAAGUCGAAAGCUUGGGAUCUAGUCGUUUUUGAUGAGCAGCUCCUUAGUAUGGAAGUCUAUGCUGUUGUAGGCGGCUAUCUGGAAACCCUGAAACAGUUUUACCAGCUAUGGCUUGUAAUGGGAAACAAACAACCUCAAAACUCGGGUUGCGCAACGUAUUUUUCGGGUGAGGUGUUCGUCCAAGUUUGCAAGAUUAUGAUGCAGCAUGGUGGCAACACCAAUACAGCGACGAAGAAGAAGACCUCAAAGCGCUGUGUGUCAGCGUUUACACAAAAACAGGUGGAGCCGGUGGUGAAGUCUUUUGCUGGCAUACCUAACACCACUCAUUUUUGGGCUCAUUACACGUGUAUCCGUGCUACGAUGCAACGAAUGAAAGCAUUGAUCCCGCUUCCAGCUGGCAAACUGUGCGCCAAGCAGAAAAAGAGUGCUGCACUUAUUGCAUUGGAACAUGCCGUGACGAAGAAUGGUUUCAUCUGUGCCAACAUUUCUGACACACCGUCAGUACUUCCGCCUCCCCUUCCUCCGACCGAAUUUACGCCACCGUUGCCUCCUGACACGCCCACACCACCACUGCGAACUGCUGGUCGUCCUUUCAGUGCAGCCAAUUCUGUAGACCAAUUCACUCCACCUCUGCCACCUCGAUCUUCAUCGAGUUUGCAAGCAUCAGCAGUUCCUUUCGAUAUUCGUUCAGUGAAGGGGAUGAUGCCGUCAUCUGUGGCAAAACGUAUUGGCACCGACAGUGCUGCGCGCCAAGGCACCGGUUAUGUGCCGGAGGCAAAAAUCGAGGCCAGGAAGCCAGUGAGUCUGAAAGGGUUGAUGCAGACACUGCCUGUGUUUGGUCAUCGAGAAGAGAUUCUCGACAACGUGACAGAAAACCAAUUGACAAUUAUUCAAGGAGAGACUGGUUGCGGUAAAAGUACGUUGGUGCCUCAGUUUUUGCACGACUCGUGGGCUCGAGGUCGUGCUGCAAGUCAACGCCCUGUGAACAUUUACGUUACGCAACCGCGGCGUAUUGCUGCGAUUGAACUGGCUAACACGGUGGCCAAGAUGCGGGAAGGGAAUGAGUUUGGGGAGGAUGGCCAAGUAGGGAAAGUCAUUGGGUACAGAAUUGGGCAAAAACAAAUGGUUAGCAGCAAUACCAAGAUUACGUACGUCACGACUGGGUACAUGGUUGAGCGGAUUAUUCAUGAUCCAGAUGCGCUGAAAAGUAUUACGCACUUAGUACUUGAUGAAGUACACGAGCGCAGUAUGGAUGUUGACUUACUGCUGUUACUUCUGAAACUUCAGUUGAAAGAUCAUCUUCACCUUCGCCUCGUGAUCAUGUCUGCAACCAUGGAUGCGCAAAUUUUGAUGAAGUACCUUGGCAAAGCACUUUCGACGCGCUUAGCCAGCAGGAAACCUCUUUUCGUUGGCUCCAAGCUAUUUCCAGUGAAAAACGUUUAUCUUGAAGAUCUUUCGGAUUGGUUUCCAGGUCUGUGGCGACGGCACCAAAAGGAAAUGGUGCUCAUGAACGACCAAUUUAAAAAACUCUCGCAAAGCGGCGUGAGUGCGAACAGUGAAAAAAGCGAAGAAGGGCAUCACAAAAAUACAUGA